AUGGCUAAAAAUGGAAAUAACUCGAGCGGCUAUCACUUGCCAAAGAAGCAACGAACAGAGGAUAAAAUACGCUCGUUGAUGCUGGAUAUGGAUGUUCUCGACUGUCCUGUUUGCUACGAGCCUUUUACUAUUCCUAUCUUCCAGUGUGAAAAUGGGCAUAUGGCUUGCUCGUCUUGCUGUCCCAAACUUGGUAAUAAGUGUCCUGCAUGUGCUUUGCCUAUCGGCCAUUAUCGCUGCAGAGCAAUGGAGAGUAUUCUUGAAUCAGCCUUUCUCGCAUGCAGAAACGCCAAGUUUGGAUGCACCCAUAAGUUACCUUAUGGGAAAGAAUUAACUCAUGAAAAAGAAUGCAUCUUCUCGCAAUUCUCCUGCCCUGCACAAGACUGCACUCACUCUUGCUCAUACAAGGAUAUCUUCGAUCACUAUAAUUUUACCCAUGUGAACGAUCGUUUUUUUUCUGGACCGAAUCUUGACCAUCUGAAAGAUUAUAUCCCAAUGUACAGGAAAAAUAGGUUCAAUAAAGGCAGUCCCUUUAGCUUCCAAAUGAACAUAAGUGAUAUGAUGGUAAUUUUAAGGGAUUCAGAGGUGAAGCUGUCUUUUGCAGUGCAGUGUUUCAGGGAGCCUUAUGGUGUGUACGUAACUGUAAGCUGCAUUGCACCACCUGCUCCAGAAGUAGGAAGGUUCUCAUUUCGUCUCUCCUACACUGUGGAUGGACACACCAUGACUUACGAAUCACCAGAAGUUAAGAGAAUUCUUAAAGUGAGUUUUCAAACCCCUCAAGACAAUGUCUUGUUGAUCCCUAACAGUUUAUUGCGCGGUGAAUUGUUAGAGAUGAAUCUUUGCAUCAAGAAGUUGAACCAAGAGUAA